UGUACUGAACUACUCUAAAAUCUGAUCUUUUAUGUUUCUUUAGUCGACUUGAUGUAAUUGUCAAUGGUUGGAGAGCAGGAAAGUCGGACAUCCGGUACUGGGGUAUCUGGAACCGCUUCUGUACCUCAGAGUUAUCGGUGGAAAAGAAUUCAAAAUAUGAAUACACGGUCAAGACUGCAGGAGGUCAGCGGUAACCUUAACUGCGCAGAAAAAUUUAGCUUGCUUGUGUCUUGUCACCGUGGCUACGGAUCUGUGGCGUUUUAUGCCGUUUUCUCCUUGUUUAUCCUGACAUUUCUCUAUACGAUUUGGAAAAUCGUCAGUGCACACUCUCGCUCCGCAAGGAGGCCGGGGUCUAGUAACUCGACUUCACCAACGGUGUUAAGUCCCACGGCGCAUACUCCAACUGACUAUGCCAGUGCGCACGAGUGGAUUAAAACAGAGAAUAUCCUUGAUCAUUUUCACCAAAGUGUAAAGAAUCUUCGUCCUUUUCCUCAAAGGAAGCCAUCACCUACAGUUUACUAUCCUCCAGAGAAAAAGGAGCGUGACAAAAUUUCUUCCGUUAACAACAACGUCGAUUAUCCGACAAGAGGAAACGUCAUCGUUGGAAACCCAUCCCCUACUUGGCCAUCGAGUGGAGGAGCGACGAAAAACUCUGAUGAUUAUUAUCCAGGCUCGCUUAAUACUGUUCAACCGCAAGUAAAUUAUCCGUCGGUUACAAGAUUACCGUAUUUUACGGUUCCGUCCCCCACAUUACCGUACCCCGCGGCUUUUAAUCCUUACCUUCGGCUUCCAUUUCCAGGCGGAGUAAAUAGCAAUCAAAGGUUACCAUUUGGAGCUAAGGCUUCUAAUCUCAUUCCUUACAGCAGUAAUUCCAUGGGAAUAUAUAACGAAAAUGCAGCCCUGCUGUCAUCUCCUUUGACAAACAUCUCUUACAGAGCUCCCUAUUAUUUUCCUACGAACAAGAACACGGUUCCUCAAAGUUUCUACGACAACGCUUACUAUGGAGACAACGCUUUUCAGAAUGCAGACGGUGGUGCCCAGACUUCUCCUUCUCCCCUCAUCUCCUUUCUUACAGAAAGUUCCCAUGAUGCUAAUAAGUCACCGCACCACUUUAGAAAGAGCAGGAAAAAACGAAAGAAGUCUAGGAGAAAGGUCACGAAACACAACAAAAAGAAACGAAAUCAUUCCAGAAAGCACAUUGAAUACGAAUACAUCGAAGAUAUCGACGAGAAAAACAACAGCAAUGAGAAGAAAGCCCGUUCAGCAAGACAUCGUAAAGUGAAUGGUAACAGGAAAGUAUUUAAGCAUCUUGGAAAGAAAUAUCAUGAGGAAAAUAUAAAUAAGGAUCACCAUUAUGGUAAAACAACAGGCAACAAGCAGCUCAAACCAAAUCCGCCAAAAUACAAAAGAACGCGCAUUUCAACAAAGGUGCAUGUGCAGCAUCAGGCGAGAAAGAAUCUCGAGGUAUAUAAAAAGCUUCGUUUUAUAUCACACAAGCAUAAACGGACAAAUAUUCCACAUCCACAGGAAACAACACAAGCUAGUUACCCAAAAUCAUGGGCUCACGACAACCAUAUACAGCACUUUCGUCGUCAGAAACAUUUUCGCGCGCACCACGUUUCACAUAGGCGUCAGCAUAACUUUUUUAACUUCAAGCUCUACCGUCGUUAUAGAGAGCACCAUACUGUGAAUGACGAAAUUCACGGUAAAUGGAAAAUCAGCCGGCAUCGCGUUAGAACUUGCAAACUUAUUUCUCAGUUUUCAACUCGAGGAACAGUCAAAAUUACUCGGGCGUCUGGACAUAACAGGCGGUUUUUGCACACAUUACUGAUCUGCCGGCCUGUAAGGUUAAGAGUAAGGAGGGGACACCAUCCACGGAGAUAUUCUUUAAAGUAUGCGCAACUGUGUAGUAAAAAGUGGUAUGUAACAAAAGGAGUUAUUCACGUUCACAAAGCUUCUUCAAAUGAUCAAGAUGAGAUUCCGCGAUACAACGUGCGUAUUUGUGAACCCUCUUAUGCACAUGCCAUGAAACUUGUCCCUGCUGAGGGCAAGGACACGAAGGUUUGGAGCAUAUCUGAACAGUUUGUACGCAAAAUGGAGAAAGAAGAUGCGAAGAAAUUCAAUGUUAAGUCUGUAUCUUCAAAGAAUGGGCACAAGCAUAAUCACAGGAAGGGCAAGUUGAUUCAUCACAAGAAAAAGAACAAAGUGAAGGCAAGGGAAGGAGGCGUCACAAGCAACAAGUGGACAGGAGGUCAUCACACACAUAAAACAGCAACCAACAAAAGACAUCGUCAUCAUGAGUCUAAAGUCGCUCAUCAUGAUAACAAACGUGUUAAACAACAUAAAUUGAAAAAGUCUCAUGACAACAAAAAGGCAAAACAUUACCGGAAGAAAAAACUGGCUUCAGGAAACAAAAAGAAGGAUUCGACUGGUAAAACAAAGGGUCUGAUUGUGGACUCCGAUAAAAUAUUCUACCGAAAACUCUUGAAAGUUCUUAAACUUGCUAAGAUGCGUAACAGGAAAAAAGCUAACUCAACCACGGGCAAUAAUGUGUUUGAUUCACUCGAAGCAGUCCUUACGCAAAGCCAAAGUGAAACCAAAAAGUCUUCGCAAAGUAAAAACAAGACGAAAACUGAACUAAAUGUUAAGAAAAAUAAAAUGACCAAACAAGAGGCAAGUAAAAAAGAUUCACCAAAGCAUGCGCAGAGAAUCCAAGAAAAGAGCAAUAACAACACAAUUCAGAAACUUCUGGCAAAAAUACUUCCUGCAGUAGUUGGGAUCAUUAAUGGUGACGCUAAUGCUGGCAAAUCGGCAGUCACUAUGGCAACAACAAAACCAAGAAAGCCCACAACUACACAGAAGACGUCAACAUCAACCACACCGACCAGUCAGACUCCAACAUUGAAGACUAAAUCAAAUGACAACAACAUCGAGGACAUCAUGAGGAACAUCCUUCCAUUGCUGCUUAAGAGAGCUGGGAAGGUACAAGGAAAUCCGAGAUUGAAAUCAAAGCCAAAGGAACACAACCCAAGGCGACCAUUGCCAUCAAAACAACGAACAUCGCAACCAAAGAGAACAGCGGACAAGUCAGGUCUGACCAGUAUUUUGGCGAGGUUAGGGUUUGGAAAGUUAGUGUCAAAUAGCCUGAGAAAUACAAUCUCGGCAAAGGAAACAGUAGUCACAAACAAGCCGGCGGUAAAACCUACGCGAAGAUCAACUAUUGCUCUUCUGAAGACUACUCUGCUGCCAAAGAUUCCCGUACAGCCGCCGAUAACAAGGUCCACACCAACACCUUCUGUGACUACCAUCCAGGCUCCGCCGUCAUUAACACAUCCGGAUACACCGGCGGUACAAUCGAUCUCUUUACCAGCAAUCUCACAAAUUUCCCCCGUGGGGCUUCCGCCUGGUCCUCUAUCAGCUCCUUCAUCAGUUCAGUUACCGGCAACACGUCAAGGAUCUUCUGCAAUUUCCACUUCGGUGUCACCUUUACAGUCUGCUGUUUUCCCUCAGGUAAUUAAUUCAGAUCCUUAUUCCCGAAGCAUUUUAUGUUUCGGAGAUAGUUUGACCAGUGGAUUUUACAACCACGGGCACAAUUUCCAUCCAUACAGCCAAAGACUUAGCCAGCUGUUAAAUUCAGAAGGGAGAAUAAAGUAUUACGUUAAGACGAGCGGGAAAGUGCGCGAAAUGGCGCAUGGCAGCAUGGCAAGGCGCCUACCGGAAGUACUUGGAAACAGCUCGCGAUUUGAUUGGGUGAUAAUUCUUGGCGGAACUAAUGACGUAGCGCAUGUAAAGAACUUCGGUGACGACGAUUCGUUCAUGAAUCAGUUAAUAAGUAUCUGGAAACCGAGAAUCGUCCGUGAUAUUGAAGUGCUCCAUGAAAUCGCGCACAGAUACGGUGCACGAACUGUGCUUCUAACUAUUCCAGAAACGGCCUAUGAAGCCUGGCCAAAUUAUAAAACACUCUGGGUCAUGCGCAAUAGACUCAACGAGGAUUUGAGGGACUAUGCUCGUAGAUCACAAGGAAGUGUAGUGCUAUGCGACCUGGCCAACCAGCUACCAAGACAUUCACUCUCGCUCCAGGCUCAGUCUAUUUUGUGGAAUGAUCACCUUCAUCUUACCCCUUACGGCUAUGAUAAAAUGGCCGAGAUAGUUUACCAAUGUUUGAAACCCUAUUUAAAUAGCUAAGAAAGGUUUAAGAUAUCAUUUUAAUGGUUUUAAACAAAGAAUUUAUAUUUGGGUGCUCAAUGCGGGGUGUACGUAAUUUUUUGGAUUAAAGUCAUAGUAAUCCCUCGGCCUGAUUCUGCUUUUACUGUCAGUUUAUUUAUGAAAAGGUGUUUUUUUUUCUCAGCAGUUUUGUAUUUUUUCAAAGCACACUUUUAACAUUUA